UAUGGCAUUAGCAAAAAGUAAUUUAAAUCUGAUUCAAGAAAUAAUACAUUCUGUUGGAUCAUUAAGUUGCAGUCAAGGAAAAAGAUUCUAUGUAUUAAUCUUAGCUGGAACUAUUCAAGCUCCUCUUAAGAAAAUGAUUAAAGAAUUAACAUAUAAUCUUUUACGUCUACUACUCCUUCUUCUUUCAGAUGGAGAGAUGAAUGAUAUUGGUAUUAUUAAUUUGGAAAUGAUACCUGAUAAUCCUAGUAUGUCUUAUAUCCGUAUACCAUACAUUUGGAUGUGGAUAUUAACCUUACUUGCAAAAUUCAAAGUCCUAUGUCUUCAACUUCUCAAAGAAUUAUAUAAAACGAUAAUAUUACAAAAACUCUUUAAAGAUGUAUAUUAUAAUGCUCAAGAAAUUCUAUUGGAUCAUAAAUUUCAGCUUCUAACUGUAGAAGAAUAUUAUGUAAAAUUUGAAUAUCGAUAUCUUAACACAAUGCAACAUAAGCACUUAUCAUUUGGUAUAGUAUUUAAGAAUGGUGAGGGUGUCCUAUGGGAUAUCUUUUUUUUCCUGAAUGAUUAUCUUAUUGCUAUUCAGAAUAUGGUGGAAAAUGAGUAUAAAAAAGUUGAAGAAGAGUUUGAAAUAUUACAGAAUUCAUAUACUGGCAUUAAACAAUGUGUCCUUUUAAUCUACACUAAUGAAUCUAAGAUGAUAAAGUAUUUAGAAGAUUUAAAAGAUAAUUAUUUCGUAAUAGAUUAUGAUAACUUUAAGGACUUUUACAGGUAUACCUUUUCAACUUGUACUGAAUUUUCUGCAGAUAAUGAACAAUUGAAUGCUAAUACCGUGAAAAUAUAUGAGUUAAGAAUAAUUAGAGGAAUAGAAGAAGCGAUAGCAAUUAACAUUCACAAAAAAAGACCAUUUGAUGAUGAAAAUGAUCUAUAUGAUAAGGUUAAAAACAUUUCUAUAGAGAUAAGAAAAAAGAUCAAGGUUACGAUAAUUAAUAAAAUAAAUUUGUAA